AUGGCCGUUGGGGAAGAGAAGGGGAACAAAACCGCCUGGAGCCUCGGAAAGCGCUUAAAAUCCGAGCCUUCCCCCCGCCUUUUUUUCUCCACCAAGUCUUCGAGUGCUAUACACAGCCAGUGGCUGUGCAACGUAAAGAGCCUCCGGCCCCUGCAGCCUAGUCGAGAGGCGUCCGCAGGGAGCGGGCAGGGUGCCAAAUCCCCCGAAUGUGGGCUCGGGCGCAACGAGAUGGCCGCGUCGUCGUCGUCCUCGGCCGGCGGCGUGAGCGGCAGUUCCGUGACCGGGUCGGGCUUCAGCGUGUCGGACCUGGCACCGCCACGCAAGGCCCUCUUCACCUACCCCAAGGGCGCCGGCGAGAUGCUGGAAGAUGGCUCAGAGAGAUUCCUCUGCGAAUCCGUCUUCAGCUACCAGGUCGCGUCCACGUUAAAGCAAGUGAAACACGGUAGGUGCUGGG